UUUCCCAUAAAUUUCACACAAUUUAAACAAAAUAUUAACAGUAUUAAAACAAUUUAUUAAAAAAGUGUUAAAAAUUUAAUUUCCCUCAAGUGCUUAAAUUCCUCAAGACACAAUGGUUCAGGUAUUAUUGUGCAAUUCCAGCAUAGAGCAAUAUAAACAGGCUGUUAAACAAUUUAUUGAUCUCUGCAACAAUAUUGGUUCAACCUGUACCCCUAGACGUAAUAUAUCACAGACAACCGCUGUCAAGUUCCUUUAUGCACGUAAAUUUGAUGUACCACGUGCUGUUUCCCUUUACGAACAACAUGAACAAAUACGCCUCAAAGAAGGUCUCUAUAAUAUAGAUCCCGACAUAGAACCACUGCGCUCAGAAAUACAAACUGGCAAAUUUACCAUACUGUCUGCUCGAGAUUCCAGUGGCGCCGCUAUAGCUCUAUUCACCGCCAACAAACACAGUCCCUUGUGUGUUACACAUACAACCACCCUGCAGGGCAUCGUCUAUCAGUUGGAUUGUGCUCUACAGGAUUCAGAGACACAAAAGGCUGGUUUAGUGUUUAUAUACGAUAUGAGUGGUUCAAAAUAUUCAAAUUUUGAUUAUGAUUUGUCGCAGAAAAUUUUAACAUUACUAAAGGGUGGCUAUCCAGCUCGUUUAAAAAAAGUUUUAAUUGUGACGGCGCCGUUGUGGUUUAAGGCCCCCUUCAAAAUACUGCGUUUAUUUGUGCGGGAAAAGUUACGCGAACGCGUUUUUACAGUGUCAGUGCCUACGCUGAGUUUACACGUGCCUCGCAAAGCAUUGCCCAUACAUCUCGGUGGUACACUGGAAAUUGAACACAACACAUGGUUGCUGCAUUGCCGCAAAUCGAUGACGAAUCGUGAAGACGAAUUGCUCGCCAAUAUUGGUGGUUUGUCAGCAGCAACAGCAGCGAUUACAAAUCAAAAUAAUUUAAUUGUCUCGCCAACAGCGAACAAUCAACAACAGCAGCAGCAGCACAUCACAACAUCAUCCGCCGGAGUAGUGACAAACGGUGAUUGUCAACGAUUUCUGGCGGAGCCAAACGAAAAUAUACACACAUUAACCACACCAACAUCACCCCUAACAAACGGUCAUCAUACAUUAGUGCCAAUUGCCAAUACAUUAAAUAACAUUGUCGCUUCCAACCCCAAUAACAUCACCACAAUUAUCAACAACACAUCGCCCAUACACAACAAUAAAUUGAUUAAUCUAACAAACGGCGUUACAACGCCAAACGGUGAUAUAAUAGUCGCAACACCACUGGUGAACGGUGUUGGUGGCGGUAGUACGACGACAGCAACAACGACAACAACGUCGUUGGUAGGUGUCGGCAGCGUUAGUGGUGGUGGUGGUUGUCAAACGGGUCUCGGUGAUUUUUGGACAGAGAACCCACCAAGUAGUGCCUCGUCGGGUUUUAGUGAUGACGACAGUCUGGCUGGACAAGAGGGUGAUCCGAAAACAAUUGAACAAAUUGUUCAAAUGGUAAAAACACUGGGACGUCAAGGGCUCGUCAAGGAAUAUGCUGAAAUACGUAGUCGAGCUCCCGAUGGCACAUUCUUACAUGCCAGAAUGCGUAAUAAUUUGACCAAAAACCGUUACACAGAUGUCCUUUGUUAUGAUCACAGUCGAGUAGUGCUGUCUCGCGUCGAUGGUGAUGAAUUGUCCGACUAUAUAAAUGCCAAUUUUGUAGAUGGUUACAAACAGAAAAAUGCGUACAUUUCAACACAAGGCCCAUUACCAAAGACAUCCCAAGAUUUUUGGCGUAUGAUCUGGGAACAACAUUGUUUAGUUAUAGUUAUGACAACACGCGUUAUGGAACGUGGGCGCGUUAAAUGCGGUCAAUAUUGGGAACCCGAAGAAAAUAGUUCCUUAGAAUUUGGUAACUUCCAUGUGCGAACACUUAGUAUAGAAACUAAUGAAGAUUAUACAGUAGCCUCAUUAGAAUUGAGAAAUACAAAGACUGAUGAAGUAAGAAAUGUGUCACAUUGGCAAUUUACCAGUUGGCCGGAUUAUGGUGUACCCAGUUCAGCCAUGGCCAUGAUAACGUUCCUGCAAAAGGUGCGCGAGAAACAAUUACAAAUGGUACAAGCAUUAGGUGAUACAUGGGCUGGACAUCCAAGAGGGCCACCAAUUGUGGUGCAUUGUAGUGCGGGCAUAGGAAGAACAGGUACGUUUAUUACUUUGGACAUUUGCAUAUCUCGCCUGGAAGAUGUUGGUACAGCAGAUAUACGUGGCACAGUUGAAAGAAUACGAUCGCAGCGUGCGUACUCGAUACAAAUGCCCGACCAAUAUGUAUUCUGCCACCUGGCCUUGAUUGAAUAUGCGAUAUCUCGGGGUAUGCUAAAAGCAGUUGAUCUAACGGGUUUCGAUGACCGAGAAGAUGAAUCAGAUUAAUUUACACCACUAUAAAUAAAAAAACAAAAAAAAAAAAAACAUGAAACCAAGUCAGUCAGUCAAAAAGUUCAGUUCUACUAUCUAAUAUGAAAAAACAACAAAUAUAAGAAAUAAUUUAUUAAUUAUUUAAACAAAAAGAAGCCAACACUACCAACACCACCAAUUCUUUAUAAAUAUUGACAAUUUCUUAAAAUAAACUUUAAAAGAAUAAUUUUUUUUUAAUUUUAAAUAAGAAAUAGCUUAACAGAAAGAAAAUAGAAUACAUAUAUUAUUUUUGUUGUUUAUUUAUAAAUUUUAAUUGUAAUUAAAACAAAACAACCAGAAACAAAAUUCAUUACUAAAGCCGUUGGAUAUUUCAAUGCAGUUUCAAUAUAAUCAAAAGCCAACCAACAAAUCCUUUUAAUUAUUUAUUUAAAUUAAACAAAACAAAAUAGAAGAAAUAAAAUACAAUACAAGCAUCAUCCUUUUUAUAUAUAUAGAACAGUAAAUAUGUAAUUGUGAACUUAAACAAACAAAAAAAAAAACAGAUUUAAAAAAAGUUUAAAACAUUUAUAUAAAUUUAUAUAUAGUAUAUCUAUCUAUCUAUUUAUACAUAGAAAAUCAUAUAAAAAGUCGUCGUGUAGUUUUUUUAGAACUCUGAUUUCAUAGUUGAAAAAUGAAAAUAUUUUGAAAAGAUUAAACAAAAUUAUGUUAGUUUUUCUUUGUUUUAUUAUUAUUUUAUUUUUUAAUUACAAAAUAAAAAUUAUAUAUAUAUAUUACUAUACAUAAAGAAAUAAUAUUUUUUAAUUAAUGCAAAAAAUGAAAGUAUAAAUGUUAAUAUAAUGCUAAAUUUAAAUAAAACAACAAAAAAUUACAAUUAUAUACAAAUGGUAAAACAAAAAUAAGAAAGAAACUUAAAAUUAAUAUAAACAAAAUGAUAAGAAAAAAAAUAAUUAUUAUACAUAAAUUUAAAACAAUUCAUAGUUAAAUGAAAUAAAAGAAAAUUUUAAUUUAAUAAAAAUAAAUAAACAAAAAAUUAUGUAAAUCAUUACAAAAACAUCAAAAACAAAA